AUGGACAAGGUUGACCCGAGAGACGCUCGCCGGGCGAAAACUGACCCGCUCUGGUGCAAGCGGUUUCUGUCGCACGGCGACCUCGACAUGGACAAGGCUCUCAACUUCAUGAUCGACGCUGUCAAGUUUCGAAAGGAGAUGUGUGCCAAUGACAUUUCUCUCGCCACGGUGGACAACACGCUCUUCAGCAAGGGUGUCAUGUGCACCCAUGGACAGGACAAGAAGGGAUGUCGGAUCGCCAUCUUUAACGCCCGGUUCCACGAGAGGGUGUCAGGAGCGAGGUUUGAGGAUGUGAAGAAGUUCCUGGUGUUCUGGAUUGAGAAGGUGGAUAGGGAGGAGAAGGGGAAGCGGAUCAGCCUGUUCUUCGACAUGGGGAAUGCCGGCAUGUCGAACGUCGACAUUCCGUUCAUUUCGUACCUGGUCAACCUAUUUAAGUUCUACUACCCGGACAUGCUGAACAACAUCAUGGUGUUCGAGCUUCCCUUCAUCAUGACAGAUGUGCUGGGGCCCUGCAACGUGAUGUGCGUGAGGUCCGACGUUCAGAUGUGCUGGGACCCUGUAUCGUGA